CGGGAGAACAGUAAAGCUGACAAAAUUGACAUGGCAGAACAAACGUCACACUUGUGGCUUGAACCUGUCGCUCAUAGUAUAGUAAAGCACAUCUUUAAGGUAGGGAGAAAACUGGGCAUAAGCGAUGAAGACAUGGACAUUCUAAAGGAUGACCACCAGGGAAAUUCUGAAGAAAUGACAUAUCGAAUUCUACGAAAAUGGCAUAAGAGUUACGAGGGACGCAAUCCCAAAGUCGCAUUGCAUGAUGCUCUCGUCGAAUGUGGCUUAAAUGACAUUGCUGACAAACACCUUGGGCAGAAAACCAUAGGCCUCAGAAGUAACAUUACAGAGAAUGUUUGUAACUUUAUGCCUACGGAAGAUUGUCGGAAGUGUAGGGAACAUUUAGAGAGUUCAAAUAUCCUUGUUCUGACUGGUCUCAGUGGCAGUGGGAAAACUGAAAUCGCAAAACAUUACUGGGCAAAACACAAAAAGGAAUAUGAGGUUGGAUGGACAGUCCAUAGUAGAACUGAACAUGACUUGUACAAUGGACUGAAAUUGUUUCAUCGAUUUCGCCCAGUGGAUUCACACUUAUCUGUCAUGCUUGGUGAAAUGAAUGAGGAAAUGAAACGAGAUACCACAAAAAAAUUCCUCAUUAUAUUCGAUGAUGUCACCGAAGAGACGCAAUCCACCAUUCAGCAACAUUUUAAUCCAGCUGAUAACAUCAAGGUCAUCAUAACAACCGAAUUGCGUCUCUACAACUUUAACCAAUCCGACAUUCUAGAAGUAGGUGGGUUUACGAAAAAGGAAAUGUCUAAAUUCCUCGAUGACUUAGAUGGGAGUUUCACUCAAAAGGUACAGCUUUGGACCGAGAUGGGACACCUUCCAUGCGCAAUUGCAUGCGCCGUGUAUGAUAUUAGACAGCAAAAGACAACUAUUGAUAAGUACCUGAAAGAAGUGAAUGAUGUUGAUACAAACACAUUCGUAGAACAGAGAACCCAGAGAGCGUUGGGUCCUGAUUAUAAAAGUCGUGGAUUUGUGAAGGCCCAUAUCAUGAGCGUUAGGAACAUGAUACAGGAGCUCCGUGAAGAAAAUGGUCCUCUUACAAAGGAAGACGUAAAUGGUUUAUGCUUGGUACUCAAGGCCAUUGCAUACAUGGACUCAAAAGCGAUUCCAGUUUUCCUACUAGAAAUUCUUCUUCUGAUAAUCCUCAACCCAAGGAAAGAAAGCAGAAUUUCAUCUUGCAUAAACCAGUUGCUUGACAAAAUGCUGAACAGGUGUUGGAUCGGCGUCUUUUGCGAAGAGAAAGACAAGCCACGUCUUCUAGAUAUCCAUGAGUUGGUUCAACUAGCGGAGCGUUCUAUGACGGACGAUGACGAUGAUUCCCGACUCAAAACGCUGGAAUAUUUGUUAAAGGCACUUCUGUGCUAUUUUACAAAAGAUACGGGCUACAUGAAGUUCCAUAAAAAGAAUUUGCUACUGCUUCCUCACGUGGAGAAGGCAAUUGAUCGUGUGAAUGAUUUAAGGCUCGAAAGCGAACUUGAUGACCCAGUGGCAGAACAGGUCUCUCUCACGUUGUUAGAAAUAGACCUUCUGGAUCGACUAGGGCAUGCAUAUUCCAAAACAGGGCAAUUAGAACAGGCAGAAGAACGACUGAUCAGAGCGGUUGAUUUAUUCGCUGCAAUCCUUGAAACUACAAAGGAUGAAAUCCUCCAAACACGCGAAGAAUUGCCCUUGGAUUCAUAUGCUGAGAUGGUUUAUCACAAACUUAAAGACCAUAACAUUGGCAACCCUGUUAUUGGCACUGUGUUGAAUGAUACAGACAUAGAGCAGAUGAAACUAGAAGUUGGAGAACGUGAAUUUCCUAAUCUUGGAUCACACAACCAAGUGACCAAAGGCGCAUACAAGAAGCUUGUUGACUUGAACUUAGCCUUACCAGAAGGACAAUUGAAACAAAUAUAUGUUACCGAGUUAAUGUCCUCAACACUCUAUGCUUAUGGCAGACUGUACUAUUACCACAGAGAAAAGUUCCAUCAAAAGAAAAAUCGUCAACAAGCAAGAUGUCUAAUUGCCGCUUUGAGACUUGCCCAUGCAUUGGGAAAUGUCAUUGCAAAAGAUACUGGGGUCCAUGUACUUCAUACCAUACUUACGAAACGCAGUGGGCUACUCUAUUUACAUUCCGAGGACCUGGAUGAAAAUGGUGAGAAGAAAAGUGCUGAAGCAGCCCUCAGUCAUUUAUACGAGGGUAAAAAGGAAUAUAAGACACUGUUGCAAUAUGAAGUGUCCGAUGUACAAUGGUUUCAGCGUGGCAUUUUGAAAGUGACGAAAAACGACCCUCAUCACGGUAGCAUAUGUAGGGAGAAGUUCUUGUUCAUAUGUAAGAGAAUAUUGGACAUAGAAACCGAUGCAUCUAAACGCAGUGAGGUUGAAAGAGAUGGUAAAUCGUGUUUAAGGGCAUUGAAGAGAAACAUUGAGAAUCAAGAACACGGCGAGCUUACUCUUCAACGAGGCGGCGACUACCUUCUUAUCUGCGCCGAGUUUAACGUGGCGGUAAAACAGUGGCAAUAUGCCAUUAUGGAUUACAAAGAAUCAGUACAUCGGUACAAGGAAGCGUUGACCAUCCCCUGGAAGAAAUAUGCUAGGGCUAUAACAGGCAUGAUGAAAGUUGGUCGUGAUUGGUUUACAGACGAUCCCGAUGAACCUAGUGCCAUUGGUGUAGUUAAUUACACAAGACAGGAGGCGGCAGUGUUCGUGGAAAGGGCUCCACAGCCAUUCAAGAAUGCGAUAAAUGUCCUAAUAGGAAAUGCACCGACGCCAUUACCUUUGCAAAGGUCAAAAUCACUCCCUGCCCCGCCAAUGAGUUUGGAGUCGGAACCCCUAACUCCACCAAUGCUCUAAACAAAGACCUCUCUUUUCGAGCCAAUCCCCAGGGAUUUCGUUCGUGGUGCUGAGGAGAAAACUCGGAGGGAAGAACUAUAUGCUCUUGCGAGAGGUAGAUGAGCCAGGCGUCAAGUGCAACCAAUAUAUGA